CUCGUCCUACCUCCGGUGUACAGUACUCCCUACUGCUCUCUACUACUGCGUACGGAGAAGGUAGUCUUCCUUGACUCUUCUGAAACACGCCCGCGCCAAGUGGCUGCCGCUAAGCCCGUCUGGGCCAAUCACCUCCCCGCUGCCACCCGUCCCGAUCGGGCCUAGCUGCUUAUCUCAUCACUCACCGGUGGCCCGUGCUUUCCACGCUUUCAAGGUCACGUGGACCCCACCUGCCGUUCCUCGUCUUUGCGCUGUCUCUCCCUUUGGCCCGUCGUCCUCGCCGCCCAUCUGACUUUUUUGGGGUUUUUGGCUCGUUCUUUCCUCCUGUUAGGCUCUUGUUCUUCCUUAUCUCACCAUUAGUUCAUCCAUUCGCUCUUUUUGGUGGUCUCCUGUCUUCCCCGGAACUAAUUCGUUGCAGGCUCUCUGCCAGGUUCCCCGUUCCCGCGCUAUUUAGCAUGGUCUGGUGAUGUCUUCACGAUAUCCCCCAUCGUCCGGGUUCAAUUCCCGUGACCGUUCGCCGCCCCGAUUCGGCGACCGUAGGCCUCCUGCCGGUCCUCGUGGCUCCGACGAUGUGAACCUGUCGAGGGAGCCCCCCCGGGGCCCCAAGGCCUUGAUUGACCACCCUCGCGGCGCGCCCUUUGGCGGUCGAGGUCGAGGCUAUACGGGCCGCGGCGACUUCCGCGAUCGAGACAGAGAUAUACGAGACAGGGAUCGCGACCGAGAUCGAGAUUUCAGAGAUCUCCGCGAUGGCCCGCCCCCGUUCCGCCGCGACCUGGACCGCGAUUGGGGCCGCCGCGACCGAGAUUUCGACCCCAGAGAACCGCGAGUCGGCUUUGGCCGUGGUCGCUCCCGUUCGCCUCCGCCACCACCUCGUGAUUUCCGUGAUAUGAGAGAACCGUUGGGCCGCGAUCCUGAUCUAGUUCGCAUGCGACGUGGAUCGAGAGACAGUCUUUUGUCGGCUUCGUCCGCCACCGCCGACGUGCCGUCUUCCGGUCCCAGUCACCACCCACGCGGCGGUCCCAUGCGAGGUCGAGGCCGGGGUGACUGGGAAGUUGGACGCGGCCGAGGCCGUAUGCCCUAUCUCGAUGACCGUGAUUCAUUCCGCCGCCGCAGUAGGUCGAGGGAUGGGCGAUGGGACCGCGAGCGUGAGCGAGAUCGCGACCGCGAGCGUGAUCGUGACCGUGACCGUGACCGCGAACGCGACCGAGAUCGUGAACGGGAUCGUGAUCGUGACCGGGAUCGCCUGUUAGACCGAGAUAGAGAGCGUGAACGAGAUCGCGAGAGGGCCAUCGACCGGGAUCGAGAGAUUGACCGACGCGACCGCGAACGAGACCGAGAGCUGGAUCGCCGCGACAGAUUCGACCGCCGCGACGACUUGGAUCGACGAAUAGAGCGCGACGAUCGGGACCGACCGCCGUUGGAUUCUUGGAAGAGAGACCAGCCUCCUAAUCGCAAUGAAAAUCGCAUUCCGAGCACUUCGUCUGUAUCGUCAUCCGUCCCGGCUGCAGGACAUGCCGGCCCCGCACUGUCCGAGCGGAUUCCCGAUCAUGCAGGCCCCGAACCGCCCCGCAAGCCGUCUGCAACUGACCCUCGCCGAGAGCCUGAACGAAACGAGACCCCUGCUGCUCCUGCUCCUCCUCCUGCUCCUGUUCCUGCCUCUGUUUCUGCUCCUCCUGCUCCUCCCCCUCCUGUUCUUCUUACGGCUCCUCGCGCAGAUAUUCCCGUUGUCUCUCCUGCCCCUGCUCCUCCUGCUCCUGCGGCAGCCCCCAUCGCGGCUACCACUCCCGCCCCUGCUGCUCUCGCCACUGCUGUCGCCUCUGCCCCUCGUUCAGAUCCCCCGAAAGACUUGCCGCCGGCUGUCAAACGAUCUCCUCCUCCGCCAGCCCCGCAGGUGCCUGCCUUUGGGUCGGUCACGGCGCCUAUCCCCGACUCGCCCGCGGAUAAGCCACCCGUUGAUGCGGCUUCGGUCCCUCCAUCCCUCCCACGGCCAGAGAAGGAGCACGAUGAUAUUCCUCAACGUGGCCCCAUUCAACCACCCACGGGCCCAAAGGCGACAAGGCCCUCUUCGCAACUGGCGCUAGAGCAACGGAUUCGACGUGAUGAUGCCCUGGACGCUUCGAACAAACCUUACGAGCCCACACCUCGUGCGUCGAAGCCUCAUCCACCAGCCUCGGUUCAUGUCCCACGGCAACCGGAGCUGUCGCCGCCCACGGCGCCCGCUGCAAUGACCGGUAAGGACACCGUUGUGCUUCACGGAGAGACAUCACCCGCCAGCAAGGCCGGCUCUGUCACUAGCCUUGUGGAUGGUAAUAGGAAACCGUCUUCUGCGGGUCUGGCAUCUUCUCCUGAGCCUCAUACAUCUCCCCGUAUGCAGCAUUCGUCAAGCAUCCCCACCGGCCCGCGGGCCCUACAGCAACGGCCUUCUGUGUCACGAGGGCCGCCUAAAAGCAACAAACAAUGGGUCCGCCCUGGCUACAGUCGUCCCCCGUCGGGUCCCUCCUCUACGUCGAUUCCCGAUCGUGAGGCUGUGGAUGGAAAAGAGCGGACGCCAUCGAUCAGUCAUGAACCCAAAAGGGAGCAUCGAAUGUCGAUCGAUGACAACAUGAUGGAUUUAGAAGCUGGGGAGAUAGCACCCGAGGAUGAUAUACCGUCCUCGAGGGCUCGUGUUUCUCCCGAUUCUCCCAGGCAACCGAAGCCGCGUCAUAUAAGCCCUCCGCGGGCCGUCGCGGAGACGCCGGCGCCGAUAGAGAAGCCCGUUGAAGAAAAGCCGGAUGUGAUUAUUCCGGACUUUGGGCGAUCUAGUGAUGAGGAAGAAGAUGACAAGGUCGUUUUCACACAAGACUAUCUCGAAGAACGAAAGCGGAUCUUUGAGAAGGAUAUGGACAUGUUCCGGGCUGAUCUCCCCCCGCCUCCGUUGCAAGACCCGGCUGUCGUGGCGCUACUGAUGCGGAUUCAAUUGCUUGGGCAGAUAGCCAACGACGUGGUCCCCGAGAAGACACCCGAGAAGGCACCAACUCCUCCGGCCCCUGAAACAAAGCCUCAAAUCGCUGACGAGGAACCUGUCGUUCCUCCAGUGGAACCCAAAUCCGAAAAAGACGCCGAAAAAUCUGAGUUGCUGGUUAAAGCCGCGCCAGGUUCGCUGCCCCCAGCCGAACCCGUAGCUGUCGACCAUCUACCAUUUUUGCAUUCCGGGCCACCGACUCCGCUGUCCGAUCUCGAGGUCUGUCACGAGAAUGAUGCUUUGUACGAGUCGCUCAGAGACGUCUUCCGUUCUGAAUUGAUGAAACGCAACAAGGAGAUUGCACUCAAGAACGCCUCCCUUCGGGAAGAAUACCUACACUAUUACAAGCCCUGGCGAUUGAACGUGUCUGAACUUGACUCAGCCAAGGAGAAACCUUCGGUAUCUCCCGCACCAGCUACGCCACCUGCCCCUCCAAUUGUGGUCACGCCUACCACAACUGCGGAGGGUAGACGGUUCAAGGGUAACAGUGAAUUGGAUUUCCAGAAUGCGCUUCGAGCGUCAGAGAUCUCAGCACAGGAGGAGUUGGAGCGGCGCCGCGGCAAUAAAGCUACCGCUCAGCCAGAUCUCACCCGGGAGGCUGUCAUCCCGGAAAUGCUCGAAGCGGCCGAGGCCAAGGCACGAAUUUACAUGGAUACAAAUAAUAUCGUCGAGCCAGUCAACGCUAGAGCCGUAUUUGGCUUCCUGCCCCCACGCAACGAUUUUACGCCUGAGGAGCACGAGGUCUUCACUGACGCUUUCAUGGCGCAUCCUAAGAAAUGGGGCAAGAUUGCCGAAUCUUUGCCUGGCCGAGAUUUCAAGCAGUGUAUUGUUCAUUACUACCUGACGAAGGAGGAGAUCAAGUACAAGGCGAAACUGAACAAGCGGUGGAGCCGCCGUGGCCGUGCCCGACGAUCCGCUCGACCCAAGUCCAACGCUCUCAUGGCCGACUUGGGCGUCGUCAAGCCGGAUUACGAAGGCGAGGAAGACCCGCCUCCCGUCACAGACACCGGUCGUCCUCGUCGUGCUGCCGCGCCAACAUUCGGGGACUCGUCUGCCGACACGGAUCCGUCCACCGUCGGUCGACGCGGAAAUGCAUCUAAGGAAGUAGAGCAAGGCGAGAGGACAGUUAGUCGACGCGGUCGUGCUGGUCCCGGAUCACGAGGUCGAAGAGGAAAAGCUGCCCAACAACAAUUGCAGCAGCAGCAGCAGCAGCAGCAGCUACAGUUACAGCAGCAGCAGCAACAGCAACAGCAGCAACAACAGCCACAAAUGCCGCAGCCCGCACCUCCCGAGCCGCCACUCAACGUUAGCCUACCGCCGCCAUCGGCCACGCCCCCUGUGGGACCAGUCGUCCCCAAGCCAGAAAUACCCGAACCAUCCAUGGAUGGUACACAUGAUGGGGCAAUCAUGCGAGCUCGGGAGCCGACGGAGCGGGAGCCCCAGGAAGCACCUCCGCGCGCCAAAUCUGGUCGAGGUCGGCAGAAGGAAGGCGUAUACGUCUUUGAAUCGGGCGAACAAGAGCCCCCGACCGCCACCCGACAAGAGGUCGGUUACGGCUCGUUGCAACCGACCAGCUACUGGUCCGUUCCGGAACAGCGCGACUUCCCCCUGUUGCUGGCCCAUUUUGGUCGUGAUUUUGAGGGCAUUUCCAAUUUCAUGAAGACGAAAACCACCGUAAUGGUGAAAAACUACUUCCAGCGUCGGAUUGACUCUGGGCAGAAGGACUUCGAGGACGUUGUUGCAGAUGCAGAGAGUAAGAAGGCGCGCGGUGAGCGCACGGGUCCGUUGCCUGUGCCCAACUUCGCUUCUAAGCGGCGCUAUGAAGCCACGCCAUCCUCCAUUAUUCUUCCCCGGCCUCUGGCACCGCAGACUGAUACCGCAUCUGACACGGAUGAGACGCGACCGGCGCCGAAAAGCAAGCAUGCAGCUCCACCGCCGACCUCAGCACAGCCAGUGCCUCUGCAAGCCCGUCCCCCUCCAGAGAAGGAGCGCAACGUGAACAGAUACCCGCCCCUUGCGCAGGCCAGCAGUGCGCCCAUUGCACCCGGACCAAUUCUCGCCGAGGACACCACUCGGGCGGCUCGUCCGCAAGCUGGGGUACCUUCACGUAUGUCCGGCCCUCGUAUGGGUUAUUUCCCCGAUGACAGGCGCGAAGUUCCAGCCACUGUCAUGUCUCAUACCACGACUCGGCCCCAAGAGGCGCCGGUUACAGCUCGUCAGGCGCCGGUGUCCGCCCCAGAGAUUGCACGCAUGGAGUCGUUACACGCCCAAGGGUUCCGAUCGUCCAACAUUGAUGCACACGGAUCACCUCUUGUCACCGCGCAGGGUGCUAUGCCCCCAUCACAGCCCGCCUAUCUGCCAGCUCAACCUCAGCCUUCAUUGGUUCCAACGCCCUCUCAUUCUCGCCAACCCAGUCUUACCAAGCCCCCUAGCUCUCCCGUGCAGUCGCUGCAGAGACAAGAACCAGAAAUGCAUACCAUGCGGCACGAUCCAAUUAGCCAACGGUCGUACUACACUCUGCCUGGACACCCUGUGGGCAUGGCGCAACCACCGCCGGUUCUGUCACCUCCCAAGGAAAUUCCUCGAGCUGGGCCUCCUCCAUCGGAACCUCCCGAGGCUCCUCGUCAAGUCCCCGCCAAACGGUCCAACAUCAUGAGCAUUCUCAACGAUGAGCCCGAAGAGCCCCAGCCGCGCAAGAGGUUUGCCAGCGAUCAAGCUGCGUUGAGCACUCCGGGCAAUGCUGCGUCGCCGUCACGGCCCGUUUACACGGGUGUGCAACCGUCCCUUUCUCAACCGCCAUCCGGCCCCCGCCAGGAGGAACCUCUUAUGUCGACGCCUCAGCAGAAUGCUCCCACCUACCCCCAUCAGAGCCCGUACUUGCCGCCGGCUCGUACGUAUUCUGAUUAUCAAACUUAUGCUCCUGCGCCGGGCAGCUCUGCCGGACCGGCCAAUAACGACUGGAUGGCACGGUUUGACCCGCGAGGCCAGCAGUCGCAACAGCAGCCCACUCCUCACCAACAGGUAAACAAUCGUCCUGCCUCAACACUCCCCCCUCAGCCACCUUUCUCCCCCUACGCCUCCAACCAGACCGUGUCCGCCCACGCCCUGCCGAAUCUCGCAGCCCCAUCUCCGGCUCCGACCCCUUCGCCGGCCCCUUCGCACCGUCCGUCGUCGUACCACGCCUCUGCCUACGCGCCGUCGUCGGCCUCACACGCGCAGGCAGUCGCUGCCAGCUCUCGUGAAAUGACUGCACAGAACCCAAUGAUGCGGUCGGCCAUCGGGUCACCCACGUCGCGUAACAGCAACCUUGCGUAUGGGACGCGACAAGGACCCCCGACCCCGAUCCAGUCGCCCGCCAAUCUGCUUGGGGUCACGUCUCGUCAGACGCCCGCAACGGCGUCCUAUGCGUCGCCUGCGCCUCCAACGCCGGUGCCAAUGACUAUCCCAAGUCAGCAGCAUCCGGGGAGCCACCAAACGUACCAGCAACAUGUGCAGACGAUGGUGAGCGGAGCGCAUCAACAGCAAGCUCAUCGGUCUGCCCUCGGAUACGCGGGCGCACAGUAUGGUCAUAGCACUCCCCCUCCGCAAGCUCAAGCGCCUCGUGUAGCGGGCUUACCCGGUCCGCCCCCUCAGGCUAUGCCCAUGGGUCGCUCCUACACGCCGCCGGCGAUCUUGCAGCCGAAUCCCUCGGGCGGUAUGAGCUAUGCUCCCGGCGGACCAGCCCCGGCAGUUGGGGCCGUUCACCCCUUGCAGGCGCGCCCUGGGCCUGGCGUCUUGGGCGACGGUGGCAACCCCGGUCACGGUCACCAUCGAGUUUAUAGUCAGGGGUCGAAUGCUGGGUCACUCCCCGUACCAAUGACACCACAACACCCACCCCGAUAGAUUCUCAUUCAAGAGUCAUCAUAUCAUUGUUAGUAUUUUCACUGCAUUUCUGGGAUUUUGCAUAUGUGGAUACCAUGUGGGAUGUGGAUUGUUCCCGUGUACUUUACAUUCAAAACGACUUUCAUUUAUAUUCCUCUUCGAUUCUGUCUUUCCUUCUGAUUUCUCCUGACGAAGAUUCCACUCUUAUUUCUCACCUUGUCUUGUUGAUUAUCGGGGGUAUUUUUUUCCCCCAAGUUUGGGUGGGAAGAGGGAUGCGGAGACAUCUCUUAUGAUUCAUGUAUGUAGUUGUACAGUACCUUAGUAGAUGAUUCCAACGGAAGAACACAUUGGCACCAAUCCCAUGCCCUGCAACGGACCCCAAGCGAGUUUGCCUCGAGCCCUUCAGCCCUGCGGCGGAUCCCAAAUCUCCGUCUUGGAUCCGUCCGCCCUACAGAAAUAGUUCCAAGUUCCAACGAACUAAGUCGCUAGUGGCCCACUAUUGACACCAACCUUUCCUCUUCGGCAUCCACUGCUGCGAACAAAAAGUGGAGAGGCCCAGUACGUCGGCCAACAGCGUCUCAGAUGGAACCGGCUGAAACCAGGCCCUUCUCCGUGCUGUCAAGGUCCAAUCUCGUCCCGUUGAUCGCUUCCCCUCUGCCCGGGCACGGAGGAUCUGGUUCCAAUUAAUCGAUAUUGGGUUCCAGUGUUGACUCGGGCGCGGCAGACGAGCUGCGAGGUGGAGCUUGUUUCUCGUUGUCGAGUUGCUCUGUUUUGAGACUGUUGUCAACUUGGAAUGGGCUAUGUCUCAGCUCUCACCGAGCAUCGCGAGAUCCUAGUCCUAUACAGUACGGAGGAGUCCGUUAGCGGCACGGAUGUUGCGAGAUUAGCUUCCUCCGUCGUUAUAUUGCAGCCUUGCUGCAUUCCCGCUGUAACCCUACGGUCUGUUCUCGUGCCUUUCCGCAAGGGGGCAUUGGUCUCGGUGUUAUUGACUAGUUGUUUGUAGUGUCGAGUAGUAUAGCAGAG